AUGGCUUCUGCUGUAGAGGAGCCGCAGCCCGUGUGGCUGACGGCGAAGGACCUGGAGUGCUCCAUCUGCCUGAGUCUGCUCAGCAACCCGGCCACGGUGCAAUGCGGCCACAGCUUCUGCCUGAGCUGCAUCCAGGAGUGGCUGACCGGCAAGCACGGAAACUGCCAAUGUCCCAUGUGCAAGUGCCGUCUGAGCGACAAGUUGCCCGAACGCACCGUCUUGCUGAACUUGGUCCUGGAAAAAUAUAACUGCCUAGCCUCCAGCGACCCCCUUCCCACGCGCCUGGCGGCGGAGCCGGCCUUCCCAGACGGGCCGAGAUGCAAGCGGGACUUCUCCUCUGCCAGGCGCGCUUUUCAGGACUAUCAGAAGGAGAUCCUGGAUCUGUUUGAUCCGGAAGAAAAACAAAAAGCUUGUCUUCAGGCAGAUGCCGUGGGUAAUAGGGAACUAACUGCAGGGUUGACAGAUGGACGUGUAUCAAGGCCACCCCCUCAAUGUAGACACAAGAGAAGUUUUCUUGGAAAGGAUUAUAUGUUUAAAACCAGAAGCUCCAUUUCAAAAGCCUUCAGUUUUAUGAAGAAGUGCAUUUGUGAUCAAGAGGAAAUGGUACUAAGGAUUAUUGAGGAAGAAUGGAAAACGGCUCAACAAAUAAGAGACUCUACCGAUAAGCAGGUCAAUGGAAAAAUUCACGGCAUUUUGGAUUUGCAGAAUAAAUCUGAAGAAACAAUGAAGAAAACCUCAUCAGGACAAGAAGCUUAUAUUGGCGAUCCCAUUCAGAAGAUCAGCAAUAUUGCCAGUGCUGUUGAAGAAUUAAGGAGACAGCUAGAAGCAUCAAUUUUGAAUUUCCCAGGGCAGCCAUAUCAGAACGUAGAGCCUUCUCCAGGAACCAGCAACAGUAAUGAAACUGCAGCUGAUGGAGCAGAAGAAACAUUCCUUUCUUGUGAUUCCUCCCUGUCCCAAGAUUCAGUUCAGGAAGCAAGCAGCUCUUUAUCACCACUGCCAUCUACUAGGGGCAGAGAAUUGCCAACGAUUUCAAGUAGAUUUUCUCAGUGGACGUCCGUCAUUACAUUCGACGAUGAAAGACUUGGUUGCAAUCUUGAGCUCGCGGGUAAUAAAAGGAAAGUGAGAGUGUCUCGUAAUCGCAAAGAAUAUCAACGCUCCUCUAAGAGAUUCCGCAGCAGUCAGGUGCUGGGCUCUCCAGCUUUCUCUGAAGGCUGCCAUUACUGGGAAAUAAACACCGAGGAAUCUUCUACAUGGGCCAUUGGUGUUGCCAGUGAGGAUAUUGGCAGAAACGACCGACUAGGGAGAAAUGAAUUAUCCUGGUGCAUAGAAUGCAAUGCUGAAAGUAUCUCCGCAUGGCACAACAGUCAAGAAACCAAAAUUGACAAAGACAGACCUUUGCGGGUUGGAGUUUACCUUGACUUCCCAACCAAAAGUUUGUCUUUUUAUUCUCUCGCUGAUGAAGAAACAUGCUUACACAAGUUUGAAAUCAAUGCAGCAAAUCCAGUUUACCCUGCUUUUUGGAUUUAUGGUUUAAUUGCUGGUGAGUGUUUAACUAUAAAUGAUAUUAAUAGGAAUUAACUUUAUGCCACAAUUGUAUAUUGCCUUAAUAAGCAUUUGCCCUCUAAGAAUCUUUAAGAUUCUGAUGUUUUGCUGUUUGAAUUAUAAAGCGCCUCAUGUGUUCCUGCUUUCAUUUUUUUUUACAAUAUUGUAUUAGUUUUCUAAUUUUACAAUUAAACAAGCGUGGUGACUUGAUAAUCAGUAAUUCAAUAACA